UAACCCUAUAGACGCAACGAGAUAUGGCAUCACAGUCGGCUCCCGGUAGUGGGAAUAAUAUUCCUAGCAGCUCCAGCAGUAAUUCAUCUCUUACAAAUGUACAUUCCGACGAACGGUUGGUGGUCGCCGUAAGGAUACGACCACUCAGCGACAGCAACGAGUCAAAUUGCGUGCAGGUGGUCUCUCACCGGACGCUGCUGUUCGACGAAGGAAACCGGAACAAGCCAAAAAAGUACAACUACGACCAUGUAUUUGGCGAGAGCUCGACUCAGGAGGAGGUGUACAAAACGACCACGGCUUCCCUCGUGCAGGAUGUACUGAAUGGAUACAACGCAGCGGUGUUUGCUUACGGGGCAACUGGAUCCGGAAAGACUCAUACCAUGCUGGGACCUAAUCCGAAACGAGCGGCCGCUGCUUCCGACCAAGGUGACACAACAGUCGCUUCCGCUAAAUCACAGCAAGACAGUGGUCUUAUGAUCAAAGCAGUGGCGGAUAUCUUCAAAUUUAUCGAAGAAUCCGAAAAUCCGGACCAUUUUAAGAUAUCUCUAUCCUAUUUGGAAAUUUAUAACGAGUUAAUUCGAGACUUGCUCAAUCCAGGUGGCCCAUUGGAGCUACGUGAAGAUAACAAAGGCAAUCAAUCGGUAGCGGGCCUAUCGGAAAUAUCUACCACCUCGCGUCAAGAAGUCAUCCAAUUGCUAAUGAAAGGCAACAAAGCGCGAACGGUUGAACCAACGGCUGCCAACCAGACGUCGUCCCGUAGCCAUGCGUUGCUUAGCAUCACCGUGCUCAAUCAGACACCUAUAGGAACCAAACAAGGCCGAUUGUUUUUAACCGAUCUUGCUGGAUCGGAGCGUGCCAGGAAAACCAAAAACCGUGGCAAACGUCUCCAGGAAGGAGCUCACAUAAAUCGCAGUCUACUGGCACUUGGCAACUGUAUUAAUGCACUAGCAGGCGGGGCACGAUACGUCAACUACCGAGAUUCCAAACUCACCAGAUUGCUCAAAGAGGCACUCAGCGGUCGUUGCAAGACGGUUAUGAUCGCACAUGUUGCUCCGGAAGCGAAGCACCGAGACGAAACCAAAAAUACGCUUGUUUAUGCAGAUCGAGCUAAUCACAUUACCACUCGUUUGCAAAAUCCAACCAUCUUGGAGGAGAAUCGAGAGCUACCGAUUGCACACUAUCAAGGCAUGGUAGCUGAACUACGGGAUGAGGUUGGUAGGCUAAAGUCGAAAAUGAUGUCGGAUCGUCCACGGAGUGGUGCUGCGCUUCAAAGACAACAACAACCAGAAGAUCAGCAAAAGAAAGUCGAACUGAAGUACCUUCGAGAGCAAAUUGUACAAACUUUCAAGCAGCAGAUGAGACUUCGGCGAAGGCUUCUGGAGGCGGACAGUCAUCUGUUGGGAUUGGAACUGGAUUCAGAACGACAGCAUAUGGUCAUAUCACACUGGCAAAGUCGACAGGGAAAGCUAUACGAUCGGAUGGAUGAGGAUGAUGUCAUUGUAGAUUCCGACUCCGAAGGGAAUUCAGCGUUGCGUUCUGCCUGGAACGAGCUGUCAGCCAUAGAAAAGGAGGUCAAACGGUACCGCGAGAUACGGGUGGCAACCGAGCAUGACUUGGAGGAAUGCAGGAAGAGAGGAGUUGCACUGGAAGACGAACUUCCGGAAAGAAUCAGCAGCGAUGAGGAACGCGAACUCUUAUCCCUACUGUGUAGGGUUCACGAGCUGGAAGCGGAUAAGGUUUCACUGCAAGCGGAGCGAUUGGCACGCCAAGCGGAACUCAGACGUCGUGAUCUGCAGCUUCUUCGAGCAGAGCGUCAGAGGCGCCUAUGUGAGGACAUUAUCAGCACCCAGCGGAGAAUUAUUGAAGAAGGGCAAGUUGAUCUUCCAGAGGAUCUACGCGAGCUGUACGCUUUGUAUCAACAGGAAAUUCACGCUAGUACUUAUACCAGUGGUCUCUAUACGGCCAGCCGUGACUAUUACGAUAGUAAAUUACCUCCGAUAAAUCUCAGAGAGCUUGGCAUGAAUUCUCCGGGAAGUUCCAGUUCCAGCUCGGAGUGGUCCCCUUCGCCGUUGCCUCCUAUUGAUGCAGAAGGCAACCUGAUCAACCCGGAUCGCGUGAUGGGUGCACCAGUGGGACCCAAGCUUCCCUCGAUUAACCGUUUACGUAGCAGCUACGGCAGUACACAGAGCGCAUCCAGUGAUGAUUGAAUCUGAAGUUAUUCCAUGAUCUAACCCAUUACCAAUUGAGAAUUCCUUUCGUGAUACG